ACUGCUGGGGCCCGUAUGGGGCGGCGGGUGCGUGUCCACCCCCGGGCCUCCCUUGGUCCCUGCUUGUUCAGUCUUGGGGGGAGGGUGGUGACAUCAGUCAGCUGGAGCCCAGGCCCCACCUAAGCUGCCGCAGCCCUUAUCCUGACAGAGAAACUGAGGCCCAGGCUUGCCCACUGUGGACCUCUCUGGGUUUCCAGGCCGCUGCCUCUGCGACCCCAGGGGCCCAAGUGCAGCCGCUGCCCCUUUGCCGUGAAGCGCUCCCCUUUCAAGACCACGGCAGCUCCACCACCGCCCCUGCCUCAGAUCUGGCCAGGGCACUCCAGUGACUCCCAGGCCCCGGCCGCCCUACCUGCCCUACCCUGGGGCUGCCUGCCCAGGGCUCCUCGAAGCCCAGAGCCCGAGGGCUGUGCCCAAGGCGAGGCCCUGCCCCCACCCUCCCUGCCUCACAGCUCCAUUGUGAGGUCAGCGCCUUCCGAUGAGUUCUGUCCAGAGGCGUGGACAUGGCCCCCCGUCCCCGGCCUGACUCCUGCCUGGUUGGCAGCCCCCUCGGCCUGAUCUGUUUGUCCCUUUUGCUCAACCCUGCUGCAGCUGGAACCUACUGCGAGUGUAGCUUUGGCCUCAGCCGCGAGGCCCUCAUUGCUCUGCUGGCGGUGCUGGCGGGCAUCGGCGCCAGCUGCUUCUGCGCUCUCAUCAUCGUGGCGGUUGGUGUCAUUCGAGCCAAGGGGGAAACAUGCCCCGGACACAUGGACAGCAGGUUGGCGGGGUACCUCGGGGCUCAGGAAGAUCACAUGGACCUGCGCGCGGUGCAUGUGGAGUCCCACCUCAUGGCCCCUGAAAUGGAGGUCUCCAUGAUGCCGCCCCUGGAAGAUCAUGGCCUCACGACCAUCACCGUGGACUCGACCCUAGAGGAGCUGCCCCCACAACCCCCGCUGCCUGAGUAGGGCUUUGGGCAGCUGGGGGAAGGGGAAUUAAACAGUAGUU